AAGCGGCAAACAGCUCCAAGCCUCCACAAAUCUCGUUUGGCGUUUGAAAGGAGUUUACACGCUUGGGAACGCGUCAGUCUGCAAGAUAGAUCCAAGCAUGGCGGACACCGAACUUGUAACGGCUAUUGCAUUUGGUUUAUCGUACUUUUAUUUAAAAUGCAAGCAAAGUGAAACAAAAAAAAGAAAAACUCGACGACAACGAAGAUGGUGGAUGAAAAAGAUUCAUCGAAAUCGUACCAGACAAUUUAUAGAAGAGAAAUUUAAUGAACUUUUAUAUGAACCUUCUGGCGAGUUUGAUAACUUCUGCCGAAUGAGCUAUACCGAUUUUGAAUUUUUACUGCAGAAAAUUUCACCAAUGAUAUCCAAGCAAGAUACAGACUUCAGAGAUGCUAUACCGGCCAAAUUUCGUCUUGCCAUUACGCUACGAUUUUUAGCAUCUGGUGAUUCUUACAAAAGCCUUCACUACAUGUUUAAAGUAUCUGUCUCUAUGAUAUCAAUAACCAUUCGUGAAGUUUGCCGAUCUCUUAAUGAAAUUCUAAAGGAUCUAGUUAAGCCGUUUCAGAAUCAGAAGCAAGGCGGCGACGUUUAUUAACUGCCUGUAUGGAUGGUGAUCUAGAUGGUGGUCUGGAUGGUGUGGUAGCCGUACUGGUGCGGUCUCUUAUCAGAGGAUCAUCCUCUGUCUGAUCUGUAAUUUCUUCUAUUUGUUGUGAUUGCUGCAAAGAAUAAUAUACAGGGUGUUAGGUAAAUGGGUAUAUGAGCCGACACUAGCC